AUGGCCUGGACUCUCAACAAACGAGGCGGGGCGGGUGCGGGGGACCCGAACUAUCCGGCACUUAAAGCCGAUCCAAAUGCGACCUAUAAUCCGUUUCCACCUGAAUCUACUUAUUUACCGGGCUUAGGCAGAACUGGAAAGUCGAAUUCAUCCAGAGGGUUGAAGAUUAUUGCGGCACUGGCUGCGAUUUUCGGGGGCAUAUCAUUCCUAUUGGUCGGAUGGGCGUUGGUUCGAUAUUUUCAACGAAAAAAGAGAGCGAAUAUCAGUAGGCCUGAUUCUUCAGUUGGAAGUCGGCCACUCUUUUCUCGUCAAUCCCGCGGCCCUGGAUGGAGGGAACUGCCUCCUGAUCUUGAUCGCGAUGAUUCUGAUGACCGAGGUGGUGGUGGGAAAGACCAAAUCUACGGGCACGAAGUAUUUGAGAUGAGCCGAGAAUUCAAUCAAUCGAACUACGACUUGCCAUUCUCAACGAAGCAACUCGAAUUUGAAGAUGAAGAUGAAGCCGACUCUAUCAAUUCACCUGUUUCUUCCCGCCACUCAUCAAGUCCCAAGCCCUAA